CAGCUUAGGCCCCUCGGCGACUUCUUGGCUCACACACUACGGUAAACCACCACAGGGUUAGCGGAACUAGCCGCCACACCCCCUCCCUUGGCCCUUCCGGCGGCCGUCGCCCUUUAACCCCGGAAGUGGGCGGGAGAGGAAGUGGCUGGUGAUGCUGGAGCAAACAUGGCCGCCCCGGCGCCAGUGGGCCUCUCGGGGUCCGGCUGUCUUCCGCUGGCCGCGGGACUCCAGCUGCUCCCGAUGCUGGGGCUGCUGCAGCUUCUGGCCGAGCCCAGCCUGGGCCGCGUCCACCACCUGGCACUCAAGGAUGACGUGAGGCAUAAGGUUCAUCUGAACACCUUUGGGUUCUUCAAGGAUGGGUACAUGGUGGUUAACGUCAGCAGCCUGUCAGUGAAGGAGCCUGAAGGAGAGAAGGAUACCACUGUUGGAUUCAGCCUAGACCGUACAAAGAAUGAUGGUUUUUCUUCUUACCUGGAUGAAGAUGUGAAUUACUGUAUUUUAAAGAAAGAAUCUGCCUCUGUCACUCUUCUAAUCCUAGACAUCUCCAGAAGUGAAGUAAGAAUAAAGUCUCCACCAGAAGCUGGUACCCAGUUACCAAAGAUCAUCUUCAGCAAGGAUGAGAAAGUCCUUGGUCAGAGCCAGCAGCCCGAUGUUAUUCCUGUUGCAGCAGGCAACCAGACUCAGAAAAAACAAGAUAGUGGAAAGUCUAAAAGAAGUACGGUGGAUCCAAAGGCAAUGGGAGAGAAAUCCUUUUCUAUUCAUAAUAAUGAUGGGGCAGUUUCAUUUCAGUUUUUCUUUAACAUCAGCACUGAUGACCAAGAAGGCCUGUACAGUCUUUAUUUUCAUAAAUGCCGUGGAAAGGACUUGCGGCCUGGUGACAAGUUUUCAUUCAGCCUUGAUAUUGAUAUCACAGAGAAGAAUCCUGACAGCUACCUCUCAGCGGGAGAAAUUCCUCUCCCCAAAUUGUACAUUUCUAUGGCAUUUUUCUUCUUCCUUUCUGGGACCAUCUGGAUUCACAUCCUUCGAAAACGACGGAAUGAUGUAUUUAAAAUUCACUGGUUGAUGGCGGCUCUUCCUUUCACCAAGUCUCUUUCCUUGGUGUUCCAUGCAAUCGACUACCACUACAUCUCCUCCCAGGGCUUUCCUAUCGAAGGUUGGGCUGUUGUGUACUACAUAACUCACCUUUUGAAAGGGGCACUACUGUUCAUCACCAUCGCACUCAUCGGCACUGGCUGGGCUUUCAUUAAACACAUCCUUUCUGAUAAAGACAAGAAGAUCUUCAUGAUUGUCAUCCCACUUCAGGUCCUGGCAAAUGUAGCCUACAUCAUCAUAGAGUCCACUGAGGAGGGCACCACCGAGUAUGGCUUGUGGAAGGACUCUCUGUUUCUGGUUGACCUGCUGUGCUGUGGAGCCAUCCUCUUCCCAGUGGUGUGGUCAAUCAGACAUUUACAAGAAGCGUCAGCAACAGAUGGAAAAGCUGCUAUUAACUUAGCAAAGCUGAAACUUUUCAGACAUUAUUACGUCUUGAUUGUGUGUUACAUAUACUUCACCAGGAUUAUUGCAUUUCUCCUCAAACUUGCUGUUCCAUUCCAGUGGAAGUGGCUCUACCAGCUCCUGGAUGAAAUGGCCACGCUGGUAUUCUUUGUUCUAACGGGGUAUAAAUUCCGUCCAGCUUCAGAUAACCCCUACCUGCAACUUUCUCAGGAAGAAGAUGACUUGGAAAUGGAAUCUGUAGUGACAACAUCAGGGGUGAUGGAGAACGUGAAGAAAGUCAAGAAGGUGACCAACGGCUCUGUGGAGCCCCAGGGUGACUGGGAAGGCGCCGUGUGAUGGAGCCGACUUUGAGGAUGGCGCACCGUCAAAGAAAACUUUUAAUUUAUUAAUAGUCCUAUUGGUGAGCAAGAGCAGUUCCUGACAGUGAACUAUUGGCACCUCCCGACAGUGCCACCACAGAGCACGUGGCUGGGAGCAAAGUGCCACAGAAACCUAACUUUGUACUCUCCUAUGGAAGCUGCAUCUGUGGCCGGUGACGGGCAGCUAGAAUUCUCCUGCAGGAUGGAGUCGCGGGGAGGGAGAGAGAGAGAGAGGGGGGAGGAAGAGAACAGGAAGAAUUUGGUCUUGAUUUAAA